UGUCCUAUCAUUAAAAAAAUAUAUUACAAAUAUUCCCAUUACUCUGUCAUAAACAAAACUUAAACAUUAAAAAUUCCUCUCUUUUAUUAGAACCUCUUCUUCUCUUCCGAGUUUCGCUUCAAACAAAAGACGAGCUUCGACUUUUUUUUUUGUUCUUCAAAAGUAAUUUACAGAGAUGGCGCCGAAUGAUCCGAAACAAAGCGGUGGUUUCUUUGCUUCGAUCGCGAACAGUUUGUCUAAUUUUGGUAGCGCCAUGACUAAAUCAGUCAACGGUUUAUUGGGAUAUGAAGGGCUGGAAGUUGUUAAUCCAGAAGGCGGGACAGAAGAUGCCGAACAGGAAGCAAGGAGAGGAAGGUGGAAACAGGAGGAGAGGGACAGUUACUGGAAAAUGAUGCAAAAGUAUAUAGGAUCUGAUGUCACAUCAAUGGUGACACUUCCAGUUCUUAUCUUUGAGCCAAUGUCAAUGUUGCAGAAAAUGGCUGAGUUGAUGGAAUACUCCUACCUGCUAGAUCUGGCUGAUGAAUGUGAGGAUCCUUACAUGCGAAUGGUGUACACCACAUCAUGGGCUAUAUCUGUCUACUAUGGCUACAAACGUACCUGGAAACCAUUUAAUCCCAUACUUGGUGAAACUUAUGAAAUGGUUAAUCAUGGCGGCAUUACUUUUAUAGCUGAGCAGGUUAGUCAUCACCCCCCAAUUAGCGCUGGUCAUGCUGAAAAUGAGCAUUUUAUUUAUGAUAUAUCUUCAAAAGUUAAAACCAAAUUUUUGGGAAACUCAAUUGAUAUCUAUCCGCUUGGAAGGACCCGUGUGACCCUCAAGAGAGAUGGUGUAGUUCUUGAUUUGGUGCCUCCUCCCACAAAAGUUAACAACUUAAUUUUUGGACGAACUUGGGCUGACUCACCAGGGGAGAUGGUCAUGACAAACCUGACAACGGGGGACAAAGCUGUACUGUAUUUUCAACCAUGCGGUUGGUUUGGGGCUGGUCGGUAUGAGAUUGAUGGAUAUGUAUAUAAUGCCACUGAGGAGCCAAAGAUAUUGAUGACUGGGAAAUGGAAUGAGUCCAUGAGUUAUCAACCUUGCGACAGUGAAGGGGAACCACUUCCGGGCACUGAACUAAAGGAGGCAUGGAAAGUUGCUGAUGCUCCGAAGAACGAUAAAUUCCAGUACACAUAUUUUGCGCAUAAGAUUAACAGCUUUGAUACAGCUCCCCAGAAGCUAUUAGCGUCUGAUUCUCGUUUACGUCCUGAUAGGUAUGCCCUAGAGCAGGGCGAUCUCACUAAAGCUGGUAUUGAAAAGAGCAGUAUGGAGGAAAGACAGAGAGCCGAGAAGAAAAACAGAGAGGAAAAGGGCCAUAAGUUCACUCCCAAAUGGUUCGAUUUCACCGACGAAGUCGCAACCACCCCAUGGGGUGACGUGGAAGUGUACCAGUACAACGGCAAGUACGCCCAACACCGGGCCGCCAUAGGUAGCUCAAGCAGCGGUGAAGCGAUUGACGUUAGGUCGACUGAGUUCAACCCGUGGCAGUACGAAGAUUUGGCUGCCAACUAAAAGCCUAUCUUGCGAGAAUUGCUUCGCCUGUAUAAUAUAUUCUUUCUAUUUCUUUUACACUUGGUUUUGUAUUGGCUAGUGUCUAGAACAAUUAAAUAUGGUUUUUCGUUUCUGUUUUAUUCACAAUUUCCCCAGAAUGUUGUUGUUGUUCUUAUUUUAUUCUGUUGAUCCAUUUUAUAGUA